CCCCGUUUGUUUUGGGGGAUUAGAGGGGGAUUGGGAUUAGGUUAACUGUGGGUCCCACUUAAUACCCUGUUUGUUUAUAGAGAUGAAGGACGGAUUGAUAAGCCGAACGGCUUCAUAAAGGCCUUGCAGAGGGGAUUCACAGUCUGCCCUUGAUGUUGGUAUUCAAAGCUAGUCCGUUGGUAUUAAGGAGUGUGAUUACUUCUUUACCCAUGUUGCCCUAGCACUAACUCAUCAGAGUAGCAGCAGCAAAAGGGAGAGGCAACAGAAGCUCUUCUUCUUCUUCAGAUUCCCAAUCUCGUACAGCAAGCUCUCUCCAAAAGCUCUUCUUCUUCUUCAGAUUUUCAAUCUUGUUGGUGUUGCAGUUAGUAAGCACUUCAAUAAUGUUCUGAAGGCUGUGUUGCGCCUCCAUGGUCUCCUCCUUAAGAAGCCUGAACCGAUGACUGCUAAUUGUACAGAUGAUAGGUGGAGUUGUUUUCAGAAUUGUCUUGGUGCUUUAGAUGGAACCUAUGUUAAGGUUCUUGCCCCUGCAAUAGACAAACCAAGGUAUAGAACAAGAAAGGGAGAAAUUGCCACAAAUGUAUUGGGUGUGUGCUCCCAAGACAUGCAAUUCAUAUAUGUCUUGCCUGGAUGGGAAGGAUCUGCUUCUGACUCUAGGAUACUUAGAGAUGCUGUUAGUAGACCCAAUGGGUUAAAAGUCCCUACUGGCCACUACUAUCUCGUAGAUGCGGGUUACACAAAUGGGGAGGGUUUUCUUGCACCAUAUAGAGGACAACGUUACCAUCUUUCUACAUGGAGAGAAGGGGGUGCCCCAACAACUCCACAAGAGUUUUUUAACAUGAGACAUUCUUCUGCUCGUAACGUCAUUGACAGGUGUUUUGGACUACUUAAAAUGAGGUGGGCAAUAUUGAGGACUUAUUCUUACUUUCCAAUCAAGACUCAAUUUCGUAUUAUCACUGCAUGUUGCCUUCUCCACAAUCUCAUACAACGUGAAAUGCCUAUGGGUCUUGAUGAUGAUGAGAACGAGGAAAUGAAUCCUCCUCCUCUAGCUACUGAAUUAGGAGAUGAAAUGAUUGAUGUAGUUGAAGCAUCUGAUCAAUGGAGUGAAUGGAGAACUGCCUUGGCAACCCAAAUGUUUAAUGAAUGGCAAGCAAGCAGAGGUAUGGAUGACACAGGUACCACUAGUUCUCGUAAGAAGGCGAAACCUCGAAGGUUUUGGAAUCACCGUGAGGAAGUAUUCCUCAUUAUAACCAUGAAGGAUGUAAUAGCAAAUCUUCGAGCCAGUCCCCACAUCGACUCGAAGAUUAAAUUUUGGAGGAAACAAUAUAAUGCUUUGCAAGAUAUGUUAAACAUGAGUGGUUUUGGUUGGAAUGAUGAACAAAAGAUGGUGCUUGUUGAUAGUGACGACGUAUGGAAGAACUAUGUCCGGAGGGUGCCAGAUGCAAAAGGGAUGCGAAAUAGGCCAUUCCCAUUCUAUGAAGAUUGGCUUAUUCUAUUUGGGAAGGAUAGAGCGACUGGUGAACUGGCUGAGGAUCCUGCUGAUGCAGUUGCAGCCAUGGAAAAAGAGGAUGCCAAUGCAACUACAGAAGAAGGAGAACAGUUUCAUGUUGAACAGUUUAGUAUGAACAUGGGUGAUACGGACUACUCAAUGUCUACUGCAGGUAAUCUUCCCAAUCGUGUUAAUGCUACUAAAACUAGGAAAAACUAG